CACAGGCACUGUUAAGAUUACUUCAUUUUGUUUUGGGACACGUAGACUGCGUCAAAAUUGCCUGGGCUAAACACACACACAUCGGAAACAAUGUCGGUCGAGUCAAUUGCAAAGGACACCAAGGAUGAAUCGUUCUACGAGUGUAACAUAUGUCUGGAGACCGCCCAGAAUGCCGUGGUCAGCAUGUGUGGCCACUUGUAUUGCUGGCCAUGUCUGCAUCAGUGGCUAAUGACGCAACCCAAUCGCAAACUGUGUCCCGUGUGCAAGUCCGCUGUGGAUAGAAACAAAGUCAUACCGCUGUACGGACGCAAUGACACAAGGCGGGAGGAUCCGCGGGACAAGACUCCGCCGCGUCCAAUUCCAAAUCGCUCGGAACCCGUGGCGGAGGUUGGAUUUGGUCGUGGUUUUCGCAUGUCCUUUGAUCUGAAUUUCCCCUUUGGCUCCCUAACAUCCUCUCUGAACUUGGGCGAGCCACGUAAUGCUGCUCCUAAUCGCGGCACACGGGUUUUGCCAGCCGAAGAACUCCUUUCCAAGUUCUUUCUCUACUUGGCCUUUAUACUCAUCGCUUGGCUGCUUUUCGCUUAGCAGCUUAAGAAUGCGAUCAAGAUCAACCAGAUGAAGUGCAAAUCGUCGGGAUGAAGUCGGUGCUUUUUAAAUUAUGUUUAGUGAAGUUUUCGGAGGAUCUAAUAGUCUAAUAGUAUCAAUGUAGUAUCGGUUGUCCCACAAUGUAAAACAAAAACGAAAAUAGUAAAUAUUUAAUUGCACUGCGAA